AUGGAUUAUGUGUCCAAGAAAAUGUCCUCGUUGGAUGCAAAGCCUAUCCAAUUGCAUUUGCUAAAGACAAUCACAGAGGAUUUUUCAAAGAAGUUGAAAAUUGGUAGUGGUGGCUAUGGAGAAGUUUACAAGGGAGUGCUUAAUGGGCACGAAAUUGCUAUCAAGAAGCUUUUUCCCGUCCAUGGAGUUGAUGAUGAGGCAUUUGAUAAUGAAUUUCGCAACCUUAAGAAAGUUCAGCAUAAAAAUGUCAUACGGAUGAUUGGGUAUUGCUAUGAGAUAGCACAUAAAGAUGUUGAGUACCAAGGAAAAUUGGUUUGGUCUCAAGUAAUAGAUCGAGCUCUCUGCUUUGAAUAUAUGAAGGGAGGAAGCCUUGCCAAGCAUAUUUCUGCCGAGUCAUGCAUACAUAAUUGGCCGAUCACGUACAAAAUAAUUAAGGGGACAUGUGAGGGCCUCCACCACCUUCAUAAAGGAGGAGAAAAGAAGAUUUUUCAUCUAGACUUAAAGCCGGAUAAUGUAUUGCUGGAUGAAGAAUUGGUGCCUAAAAUAGGAGAUUUUGGUUUGUCCGAGCUCUUUGGGUCCUCGUAUACCCACCAACAAAGCAACACGAAAGGAACAAUUGGGUUCAUGCCACAAGAAUAUAUACACAAUCGCAAGGUGUCACCCAAGAAUGACGUGUUCAGUCUCGGAGUCAUAAUUUUCCACAUAAUGGCGGGAGAAAAGGGCUACAGCGAUUAUUGGGAUGCGCGCCGUCAUCCAAAGUUUUCCUCAAAAAUUCAACAUAAGUUUAUUGAGAUACAAGAAUAUUGGAAGAAAAAGAUGGAGACAAUGGAAGGUUAUAGAUGGGACGAAACAGAUCUGCUAGGAGUAACGAGAUGUAUUGACAUGGCAAUGCGUUGUGUGGAGGACGACCGAGACAAAAGGCCUUAUAUAAAGGACAUUAUCAACGAGCUCAACAAACUAGAUUCUGAAGUCUCAGAGAUGUUAAAGAAAGAUCCGAAACCACCUAUUGGCCAGCUGAAAAGGAAAAACCGUGUCAAUGAUUUGGAAGCCGUGAAACAGAAUAAAAGCUUCAAAUAUUUGGGAAAAGAUAUUGUGGUUGAUCCAUCCCAGGAGCUUUGUUUCCCUUUCGAGCCUCGUGUUGACAUACGGUGCUGCCUGCAGCUAAUCAACAAGGGCGAGUCCAGCCACAUCGCCUUCAAUAUAAACACCGACUUAAACAAGUAUCGUGCACAACCAAACAAAGGAAUCAUCGCACCAUACUCCAAGCGCUACAUCACCCUAACCUUGCGAGCGCAGGAGGAGGAGCCGCGAAAUAUGCAGUGUGCUGGUGUGCUGGUUGUGCAGGGAAUAAGAGUGAACGAGCACUUCACAUCCGAUGAAAUCACCCAAGACUACCUCGAGAAGGCCAGCGCCGUGUAUGAGGUGAGAUUGCCCAUUGUCUAUGUUGCAUUGGAUCAUAAGCCUCUCUCUCAAUAG